AUGUUGCAGCUCUUCUUUGAGGUGGCGUUCUCGGUCGUGUCGUUGACGCUCUACAUCACGUUGACCCACUCCCUCAACUUGUUCAUGGAGACGGUCGAGGAUUUGCUCCGUUAG